UUCUAGAUCUCUAUCAUUUCAUGAGUUUCUGUGUUUUCCAGAGAUUUAUGAAAUGAGCGUUGAUAUCAAAAACCCAGUUGUUAAUUUUCCUUUCUUCUUGUUUUUUCUAUUGUUUUCUUGUGUUUCUCAUUUCUGCCACGCAAUUGACACAAUCAGACAGGGCGAAUCAAUAAGGGAUGGAGGAGAAACCCUGAUUUCUCAAGGUGAGAUUUUUGAACUGGGUUUUUUCAGUCCAGGAAAUUCUACUUUCAGAUAUGUGGGAAUCUGGUAUUACAAGACUGAGGGAAGUCCAGUGGUAUGGGUAGCCAAUAGAGAUGCUCCAAUAUCUGACAGAAAUGGGGUUCUGAGGAUAGGAGAAAAUGGUAAUUUAGUGGUUUUAGAUGGUAAUAACAGCAUAGUCUGGACAUCUAAUGCUUCGGUUCAAUCAAGCAACACGGUAGCAAUUCUCUUGGUUACAGGGAAUUUAGUUCUGUCAAGUAUUGGAAGCAUGGGCGAUACUACCAAGGCCUAUUGGCAGAGCUUUGAUCAUCCUACAGAUACAUUUCUCCCAGGAAUGAGAGUUCUGGUGAGUACUGUCAUGGGAGAGAAUCAUGCUUUUAGAUCAUGGAAAUCUGCCAAUGAUCCUUCGCCGGGCGACUUCAGUAUGGGAAUUGAUCCUUUUGGAUCACCUCAGAUUGUGAUAUGGAAUCAAACAAGAAGGAUGUGGAGAAGUGGACAGUGGACUGGAGUCGUAUUUACUGGUGUCCCAAAUAUGACUUCGUUGGCUAGGUAUUUGUAUGGUUUCAAGAUUUCUCCGCUAAAUGAAGAUGGAAGCAUUUAUUUGUCUUAUGUUCUAUCAAAUGCUUCAUGUUUGUUGAGGUUCAGAAUAGGCUGGGAUGGAAAGGAAGAGCAGUUAAAGUGGGAGGAUGGUCUAGGAAAGAACUGGACAGUGGUGCAAUCAGAGCCUAGCAAUGAUUGUGAACUAUACAAUUUUUGUGGGAAUUUUGGGGUCUGUGAUGUCUCAAAAUCUCGCAAGUGCCACUGUCCACAAGGGUUUCAACCAAAGUUUCCAGAUCAAUGGAAUAGAGGGGAUUGGUCAGGUGGGUGCCAAAGGAGGACUGAGCUGCAAUGCAAGAGGAAACCUAGUGAUGCAGGGGGAAGUGGUAAGCAGGAUGGCUUCAAAGGAUUUAAAUGCAUGAAGUUACCGGAUUUUGGAAAGGUAGAGUCUCCGGGAGACUCAAAGACUUGCAGUGAAAAAUGCAUGGCAAAUUGUUCAUGUAAUGCAUAUGCAUAUAUUACUGGGAUUGGAUGCAUUAUUUGGAAUGGAGACUUGAUUGAUGUUCAGCAUUUUGACAAUGGUGGAAACUUGAUGUUCCUUCGUCUCCCUCAAUCUGAAUUAGGUAGUGGUAAAAUGAUCUCCAACCUUGUAAUUGCUAUAAUUGUUGUGGCCGGACUGUGCUUCCUGUGCAUAACCGUAUGGCUUCUAUGGAGGUUCAAGAGAAAUAUGAAGGUGAAAGGUGAAGUUUGCAGCAGCAUUCCAACAUUUAAUGAGAGCAAAAGCAAAGAAUUCUCAACAGAUCUGUCUGUAUCAGCCGAGCUUGUUAUAGAUGGGAGUCAAGUUAAUGGGCCAGAGUUACCACUGUGCAAUUUCCAAUGUGUGGCAGCUGCUACAAACAACUUCUCUGAAGAAAAGAAACUGGGGCAAGGGGGAUUUGGUCCUGUGUACAAGGGAGAGCUCCCUGGAGGUCAACAAAUAGCUGUGAAGAGGCUUGAAGGAAGAUCAGGCCAAGGAAUAGAGGAGUUUAAAAAUGAGAUUAUCCUUAUUGCAAAACUGCAACACAGAAAUCUUGUCAGACUAUUAGGCUGCUGCAUUCAAGGGGAAGAAAGGAUGCUUAUUUAUGAGUACAUGCCAAACAAAAGUUUGGAUCGCUUUCUUUUUGACAAAACCAAGCAAGCACUGCUUGACUGGGGGAAACGCUUUGCAAUUAUUGAAGGCAUUGCAAGAGGACUUCUUUACCUUCAUCGGGACUCAAGACUUAGAAUAAUUCACCGGGACUUGAAGGCUAGCAACAUUUUAUUGGAUGCAGAAAUGACUCCAAAAAUUUCAGACUUUGGCAUGGCUAGAAUAUUUGGUUCUAAUCAAUAUGAAGCAACUACAGUCCGAGUCGUAGGCACAUAUGGCUAUAUGUCUCCUGAAUACGCAAUGGAAGGCCUAUUUUCAAUAAAGUCAGAUGUGUAUAGCUUUGGUGUAAUACUACUGGAGAUUGUGAGUGGUCGGAAGAACACAAGCUUUCGUUCAUCUGAUCACACCAGCCUGAUUGGUUAUGCAUGGGAUCUUUGGAACGAAAAUAAGCCAAUGGAACUCAUUGAUCCUGCCAUUCGGAAUUCAUGUAAUCCUAAUGAAGUUAUGAAAUGCAUACAUGUAGGCAUGUUGUGUGUGCAGGAUUCUGCAGCACUCAGACCAAAAAUGGAAUCUUGGCGUAAAAGCCCAGCACAAUCUCGUCUUACCAGUGUAGCUGGAAUUUUUGUGCUCUUCCACCUCCUUGACAAGGUAAAGACCUCUCGGUCUCAGGACUGGCUGAUCAAGGAAGAUUUUAUAUUUGGUCAAUCAUUUCAAUCUCAUUACACAUAUGAUUACGACCUAAUGACAUGAAUUCCAAUAAAAAAUUACAUGCAGAUUUACCUAUGAAAACUACUUAAAUUUGCAUACAGAAUGAGUCAUGAAAUGUGUCAAAAAAAACCUCUUAACAAAAGUAACAUUUCGUUAGCAUUAAAGAUCAAGGUACAGU